GGAACACAGUGAUAGAGAGAGUGAGAGCGAAAAGAGAGAGAGAGAGGGGUAGGAGAGUCUCUAGAGGAAAGGAAGUCCGGCAAGGUUUUUGGUUGGCGACCGCAGAGGAAAGGAAGUCCGGCAAGGUUUUUGGUUGGCGACCAGCGGUAGUGGCGGCUAGGGUUUCAAGCCGAUUUUCUCAGGUGGCGGCAGGAACAAAAUAGGCGGCAGCUAGGGUUCCGACCACCCUUAUUCACAGCGCAUGCCUUUUUUUUUCUUGUAGAUCGACUACUUUAGUAGUUGAACCUGAUUUGGUGACAUGGACCAACCGAUUACUGGUAUUGCUACAACGUUGCUUCUGGUAAUAUUUGAAAUUAAUUUCAACCAGAGCGUAUUAGAAGGAGUGGGUAAAGAAGAAGAAAAGAUCAUUCAUUGGUGGUUCUAGGUUUUCAUUGAAACAAAAGACCAAAGAUGAGAAUGGGGAACCUGAACUAGACAUGGAUUCACUUCCAAGGAACAAGCAUGAGUUAACUGUCAUCUUGAAGGAUGUUACAUCAAACAGAAAUAAUGGAAACACUAGCCUGGGCCAGUGGUGGAUUUUCUUAUCAACAAACAACCAAAAUGUGAAAGAUCCUUACUCAAUUGACUGGGCUAAGGCAAAGCGGAACCUAAAAAACCUUAGGGUGAAGGCCAGCCCGACUAAUACAGAGUACAAGAUUACUGGUCUGAGUGAAAAGCCCUGCAACGAACAACUCAAGAACUGGAAGCAAGUACAGCACAACCUAUAUUUGUUGAUUCAAGUAUCAGUGAAGUGUGCACGCAUCCUGAAAUGUGUCCUAGCUUGGCUAUGGUCAGGUUAUAUAGAGCUGCAGCCAAUAUAUGUAGCAGAGCUAAAAGAAAAUGGAGGAAACAUCGAGAAAUUCAGUAGCAUCAUUCACUUAUUUAAGCUGAAAACGUGAUAUGCUGACCAGUUGUGCUCAGAUCAUGCCAUGCUUCUUAUAUUAAAAAUUUGUUUGUACCGCUGACCUGUCGGGAGUGGUGCUCAGGUGAUGCAAGGUAGCGGCUAGGGCUCUACUAGGAUUCGGUGUCAGCUAUGGUUCUGCUAAUGACAAGUUCAUAUCAAUAUCAAUGGUCAAGAUCCAACUCUUGAUUCUCUUGUUAAGUUGACAAGCCUUUUGAUUAUUUAUGAUUUUACUGUCUUUUAGUUUACAUUUGUUUCAUGUAUUAAUCAAAUUGACACUUUGUUUCAUGUAUUAAUCAAUCGUGACGUUUGUGACAUAAUGUAUGAUUUUACUACCUUUUAGUUUA